UCUUCUUAACCUGAUCUGACGAAUUUGCUAACCUAAAAACUUUUUAACCCCAACUAAUCAAACACCUGUGGUGGGGGAAAAAAAUGUCUGGAGAGAGGAAGAAAAUAACCUGAUAAUUGGGGAUUUGCUUUUUUUUUUUUUUUUUUAAGAGGGGGGAGGAUAUUUUAGAGGUUUAAAAUUGCAACGCAGAUUUGCAAUUGAACAAACCUCGGAAAAAAUUUUACACUGAAAAGCAGGAGCAAAAAAACACUCCAUGUUUUCCGAGUCGUGGCCAUGAAGUGAGAGGGGAGAGACGCGGUGCUGCUGUGGGUAUCCCGCCGCCCCGGGCGCUCUCGCCCUGUUUGCAGAGAGGGGCCGAAGGGAAAGCCAAGAGCGCCGGCCAUGCACAGCCUCGGCUGACUGUGCUCGCAGCAGCAGAGAGAGAGAGAAGGAUCCCCGGGGGAUCAGCAGCCCAGGGAGUGUAUGAGGUGUCGGGGGAUGUAGGGCUCUCCCAGUGUUAGGGAGCCCGGGUUUGGGGCACCUAUUCGGGUUUUAGUCUCUAGGUGAGAUAAUACUGUCCUUUGAACCCCUAUCCGCCCCUUGUCAAUGGCUAUCAUGAUCCCUCUCCUCUUUGGCAGCAGUAGCCUCAGGGCAAUGAUGAGCAGGAUGAAGUUAGAAAUGACUCCGCUGUCUUUUCUCUUUGCUCCCCUGCGAACCAGCGCUGUGUUGUCUGUAGUUGAUUUUGUUGUUGUUGGCAGAGAAAUGUCAUACUUCCCGGGUUGUGCACUCUUCCUUUGCACCCUUUUCUCUGCUCUCCACCAAGUGUAAUAAUUCUAAAGAAAAAGACGGGCAACAUAGCAAUAGUGGAAGGCUGAGAAUAAUAAUCAGUAGAGUCAUGAAUCUGGCUGGGGUAAAACGCAAUUUGUGAUUUCAGCUUCGGGUUUUUUUUUGUAAGCAGAGCAAAAGUACCCCCCAUGGAUUGGGCUUGUGCCAGUUGCUUUUUAUUGUUCACAUAAGUUGUGAUAAGAUUUGUUUUGGGCUUGUUUUUUUUUUUUUUUUUGUUUUUUUUUUUUUUUAUUCUUACCCCAUUAUUCCUGCGGCUAAACUGUUCAAAUUUUUGUCUUUAAAAUUCUUCGGGUUUUUUUCUUGAUUUAUUGUAAAACUUCUUGUCCAGCCAUGGCUGGACAACUACUCACUUUGUUUCCUGACCCCUCCAAUACGACAUUUUCUUAAAAUAUUGCCUGAGGUGCGGUUUUGGGUUACAUUAGCGUUUGAUCUAUUCAGUCGUAUUAGCAGGAAUCAAACGACUUGUUUCUGUUGUACUUGAGUCUUACGAAAAGGUGCCCAUAGUUUAGCGACAGUUUCCAAAGGCUUUAGUACCACCUGUAUUACAAAAUGGGGGACCCAAACUCCCGGAAGAAACAAGCUCUGAACAGACUUCGUGCUCAGCUUAGAAAGAAAAAAGAAUCUUUAGCUGACCAGUUUGACUUCAAGAUGUACAUUGCCUUUGUGUUCAAAGACAAGAAGAAAAAGUCAGCACUUUUUGAAGUGUCUGAAGUGAUACCAGUCAUGACCAAUAAUUAUGAAGAAAAUAUCCUGAAAGGUGUGCGGGAUUCCAGCUAUUCUUUGGAAAGUUCCUUAGAGCUUCUGCAGAAGGAUGUAGUACAGCUCCAUGCACCCCGCUACCAGUCUAUGCGCAGGGAUGUGAUCGGCUGUACCCAGGAGAUGGACUUCAUUCUAUGGCCUCGCAAUGAUAUUGAGAAGAUAGUCUGUCUCCUGUUUUCUCGGUGGAAGGGAUCUGAUGAACCCUUUAGGCCUGUUCAGGCCAAGUUUGAAUUUCAUCAUGGUGACUAUGAAAAACAGUUUCUGCAUGUUCUGAGCCGAAAGGACAAGACUGGAAUUGUUGUCAACAACCCUAACCAGUCAGUGUUUCUCUUCAUUGACAGACAGCACUUGCAGACUCCAAAAAACAAAGCUACAAUCUUCAAGUUAUGCAGCAUCUGCCUGUACCUGCCACAGGAGCAGCUCACUCACUGGACGGUUGGUACCAUAGAGGAUCACCUCUGUCCUUACAUGCCAGAGUAAGAUACUGGCCAGCAAAAUGGGGAAGAUCACAGAGUGCAGCAGUGGAUUUUCACUUUCCUCACCACUUUAUUCUUUCAGAAUUUAGAAGAAAAUGGACUCAUGUUCAGAACACUAUACAUUGUGAAACUUGAUCAUCCUGGAUUUUUUUAAUCAUUUGUAUCUCAGAACUUCGCAAUUUUUUUUUUAGAUGUUUUCUGCAUGGACCUUGUGAAAGAAAGGAUGCUCUGCACACUUCUGCACUGCAUCAGCAUCUUGCUAAAAUGUGAAAUGAAGGGACUCUACAUUGAAACAAAUGUAUCCGAAAGCACAAGGUGAUCAUUUGUGGUGGUGUUCCCAUUUGUGCUGGUCAUGCCCCCUAACAUCUAUAAUGUUAACCAUCAGUAUUUGGAGGGUGAGAAGUGAAUGUAACGGGUAUAAAAGCCUUAUAGCUUUGCUAUUAAUGAUUGUAUCGAAGAGCACUAUCACUCGUUUUAAUGAACGAAAAAGUGGCUAUUACAGUAGGACGUAAAUGUGGGAAAGAAAUCUUUCUUUAAAAAAAAUGCAUCUCAUUUAAUGUGUAGGCAUUUUUUGCCUCUUUUAUUUUGCUUGGCCAUGUCUAAGUUUACUGGCACUUUUGUUUUGAAUCUCUUUCCCCAAGUUGCUGUAUAACUGUAUGAAGGUAUUCUUUUGAGUUGGAUGCGUUUAUACAGAUGAGGCAGACCUGGAGUCUGAAGUUGCUAAAGCAGCUCAAAAAAAGGUAAAAUAAUAGCUGCAGAAACAAUGUUGGUAGAGGAUUAUUUUUUUCUUGAGAGUUGAGACUUGUAAACUUGCAGGUGAACUGUGCAGGAAAUACUGGUUUCUAAAACAUUUCUUAUGGAAAACCCAUUGAGGUUUUUUUUUCCUUUUGAAAUAGACAUUAUAAACCAAUGUAAAAUAGUGUUUGGAGUGUCAAAAGUUGGUUCUGGCAGGACAUUUUAAGAUUGUGCAAUUAUAAAAGGAAGACUACUGUAUAGUUUUGAUGACAAAGAAGGCUCUGCUUAAGGGUUGAGUACUUUACUGGAAUAAAACUGCAUAAGCCUGCUCCCUUUGGAUAAAACUAGUGCUUACCUGUUUAAAACUUGUAUUUAGCUUUUGUUUGGAAUUGGAAAAAAAUUGGAAUUUAAAUAAAUUAGGUAAAAGAUGA